AUGACGGGGCGACUUCCAGCCUGCGUCAUUGAUAAUGGAACAGGUUAUACUAAAUUAGGUUAUGCUGGUAAUAAUGAACCACAUUUCAUCAUUCCAUCAGCUAUUGCUGUUCGAGAGCGUCCAGGUGGUAGUCGAAUUGGACAAUCUGGAGAGGAUUUAGAUUUUUCUAUUGGUGAUGAAGCAUUUAAUGCUAAAGGUUAUUCUGUAAAAUAUCCAAUUCGACAUGGUAUUGUUGAAGAUUGGGAUCUUAUGGAAAAAUAUUGGGAACAUUGUUUAUUUAAAUAUCUUCGUUGUGAUCCUGAAGAUCACCAUUUCCUUUUGACUGAACCACCAUUAAAUACACCCGAAAAUCGUGAAUAUACAGCAGAGAUUAUGUUCGAAUUAUUUAAUGUACCUGGUUUAUAUAUUGCUUUACAAGCUACACUUGCGUUAUAUGCAUCAUGGAUUGCAAGUGAUGUUAAGAAUAUGCUUACUGGUCUUGUUGUUGAUUCAGGAGAUGGUGUUACUCAUGUUGUUCCUGUAGCUGAUGGUUAUCUUAUAGGUAGUAGUAUCAAACAUAUUCCAAUAUCAGGACGUGAUAUAACAUAUUUUGUGCAAACAUUAUUGCGUGAAAGAGAACCAACUAUUCCACCCGAACAAUCACUUGAAACAGCUAAAGCUAUUAAAGAACGUUAUUGUUAUGUCUGUCCUGAUAUUGCUAAAGAAUUUGCAAAAUAUGAUGAAGACCCACGUAAAAACUAUCUACAAUAUACAGGCAUUAAUUCAGUUACUAAAAAACCAUUUAAUGUUGAUAUUGGACAUGAACGUUUUCUUGGACCGGAAAUAUUCUUUCAUCCUGAAUUUUCCAAUCCAGAAUUCAAUACAUCUUUAUCAAAAUUAAUUGAUGAUAUUAUUCAAGAUUGUCCAGUUGAUGUACGACGUAAACUUUAUGGUAAUAUCGUCUUAUCCGGUGGUAGUACGAUGUUUAAAGGUUUUGAUAAACGAUUAAAGCGUGAUGUACAACGAUUGGUUGAUGCUCGACUUCGCGAAUCUGAAGAGCUUAGUAAACAUAAACCUGAGCCAAUUGAUGUUAAAGUUGUGGCUCAUGCAAUGCAACGUUACGCUGUUUGGUUUGGUGGUAGUCUAGCUGCAAGCACACCAAAUUUCUAUGAAGUAUGUCAUACGCGCAAAGAAUAUGAAGAAAAAGGUCCAAGCAUUUGUCGUUAUAAUGCCGUAUUUAAUCUUGUGUGA